ACAAAACCAGCAGCAUCCUGUUUGAGCGAAGCCGAUUGGUGAGAAACGGAUCCCCGCCUCCAUCAGGCGGCUUUAAAGCUUCUGCAGACCUCAGAGAGCGCAGAGAUCUGAGCCGGCGGCGCCGCAGCAGCUGAUGAUGAUGAUGAUGAUGGAGCGCCGGCCUCCUCUGAGGAUGAAGCUGCUGAUCCUGACUCUCCUCCGCUCCACCUGCGUGCUAGGAGACCAGGCUGCAGACGCAGGUUAUAAUCUGGAUUGUGUGAACGAUUAUGUGUUCACCCUCAACUGUUCCCUGAACGCCUCGCCAGCAGCCAGCAACAGAACCUACUGGCUGAGAGUCACCAGCGAUUUGGACCAGAGGGAUUAUAAAUGUCUGCUGAAAAACACGACGUCCGGCUUCUUCUGUUCGCUCGACAGAUCCCUGACGCACGACGACGGCGAGGCGGAAAGAUUUUCAGACGAUGAAAAUUUUGAAAUUUCUUUGUGUGAAAACCAGAAAGAAAUGUGUGAGUUACUGGAGGAAGAUUAUGAGCCGGAGUUACACAUCAAGCCCAGCGCCCCCUGCUGCCUGGAGGUCAGCCACGACUCCACCCAGCACCACUUCACCUGGAAAAGCACCUAUGAGCGAUUCUCCGACACGGCGCUGGGAGAAUACCUGAUGUACCAGCUGCAGUUUCACAAGAUGGCCGACAAACACCGGCGAGAAGCUCGAAACAUCAGCAUCACCAGCAGCAGCACCACAGACUCUGUGGACAACGAGCACUUUGAGCCCGGCACCGAGUACGCCGCGCAAGUCCGGUCCAGUCCAAACCAGGGCCACUACCAGGGCCAGUGGAGCGACUGGUCCUCUGCGGUCCGGUGGAGGACGGAUCCGGCCGCAGAUGCUUUUCAGGAAAACGGAUUCAUUUUCAAACUGCCUGUGACCUUUGGCCUGUUGUGUGCUCUGGUGGUUCUGGUGCUGGUUUGCUACGGUUCAGUCAGAAAGUGGAAACGCAGCACUUUCAUCCCAACUCCUGCUCCGUAUUUCCACAGCCUGUACAAAGACUGUCAGGGAGACUUUAAGAGCUGGGUGGUCACGCAGGAAAACGCGGCCGACGUGAUGACGCCAGAGGAGGCGCUGCAGAUCGACAGCCUGGUGGAGUGCACGCCGGCCCAGGACUUCCAGUUCCACCAGUACCCGGCCCAGUUCCAGCAGCACUUCAUGGAGAACCGAGCCUACAGCAACAUGUCGUCAUCAGUGGACGUCCUGAGCACGCAGGGGUCGGUCUGCGGCUGCGCGGCCGCGCUGCUGGACCAGCGCAGCUCGGUGCGCAGCCUGAGCGGCUACUGCCGGCCCUGCAGCCCGGCGCAGGACUCCGGCUGCUGGCUCUGCAGCGACACCUCCCUGGAGAAGGAGCCGGCCUGGUACUGCAACGAGUACUGCACGCUGAGCGGCCUGCAGCAGGCCGGCUGCGCCGCGGCGGGUUGCCAUGGAGACCUCACGGUCUUCCCGCGCUUCUGCGACGCUGGGAUGGAGGCGUAAACAGGUUAUGCAGCAAAACCCCGAAAAAUAUUCACACUUCAGCUUUAUGGCAUCCACUCAUACAUAACCUGACCUGCAGCUGCAGCUGAGCGCCUGCAGGGGGCGACUCCUCCAGGAAUUCACUGUAAAACCGCUUCAGGCCGUCAAAAUGACUGCAGAGCAACUCAGCUGUCCAAGAUGCUCAGUUAGAUCCACAUACAGACUUUGACUAGUUUUAAAAAUGAUUCAUACGUGUCUGAGAAAUCCCCUAAUUUCCAUGGCAACCAUUCAGUUGUUCAAAACGCCGGGGUGGACAUAGCCCCGCCUUCAAGGCGUAGCUCCUCCCCCUCUCAGCUCCUUCAGACUAGCCAGCAGCAAUUAGCAAACAGCUGCUGAGCUCAUUAUAGCAGCUGCUGCUCAGAGCAACACUGGAAAAAACGUUAAUAGAGGAGCCAUGUUGGACCACUUCCUGAAGGCGGAGCUUCAGAAAGAGCAGCAAGGCUUCGAGACAGACGCCCAAUGUCAAGGCGUUCAAUCAGAAAGUCAAAUUUCUCAAGUCAUACUUGAAAUAUAUUUUUAUAACUGAAAGCAACAGUUAAAUAUGCUGUAAAAUGACACUAUAUACCUAGAAAGCACAUAGCACCGCCCCUUUAAGAACUGAAAUAACACAAUCAUUCAAAUGGGAGAGUAGAAGAAGAAAGUCAGGGAAGAAAGGAAUAUGGCCGCUCUCGGCUCAGCAGCUGAAAUAUUUAAAAUGCUUCAAAUUAAAGAAACUCUAACCUGAACAAAUCGUUACGUUUGUUGAAAAAUGUCCGUCACCAACGUGAGCGCCGCCAUCUUGGAAUCCCAACUUCGCUAACCAGAACGCAGUUACCAUGGUAACUCGGUCACAAGGGAACUUGAACGGAGCACCAGCUCCAGCCAGACUCAGCAUGAUGCUGCCACCACCAUGCUGCACAGCUGGUUUUGUUUUCAGGCUCAAAUUAAAGUUUAUGGUUUUAAUGAAGUAAAAUAAAAUUUUCAAUGUUCUUUAGGGAUUUGUAAAGUUUCUCUACGAGUUUUAUUUCAUGCAUUUUCACAGCUUUUGAACUGUAUAGUUUUAUGGCACCAA